GGUUAAGACCUCUUAUCUGAAUUGAUCAGACAUUUGCCUCUGAAUAGUUAAGCAAUAUACUAGCUCUUAAUGGUUCAGACCUCUUACUGGUUCAGCACUUAAUGGUUCAGACCUCUUACUGGUUCAGCACUUAUCUAUUCAGAAGUUACCAAAUAGCCCCUAAAACUAGAUUUCAUUUGGAGCACACAAUUCAUUCCAUCCGUCCUAUGCAUCUAAUCUAACAGACCACCUUCAUUCUUAUUUCUCUCAUAGAGUAUCAUUCUCACUGGAUCCAACCCAACCCUUCACCACUUGUCUUACUCUCCCCUUAGCCCAAUGCUCCAAUCCACCACUCACCCCUACAAAAAAAAAAGGGAAUCGACAGACUACCGAAGAAAGGAAGCGGAAGAGCGCAAGACCCGAUUGCGGAAGAAAGGACGCCGAAGAAAGGAAGCCAGCACGCCGCCGUCACGCCGACCUACACCCUCCAGGCGUCUUCUCUUCCGCACGCAGAGGUCAUCUUCUCGAUCUUCUCAGGCCAGGGCGUUGUUCUCUUCUCCAGCUUCACUCCGUCAUCCUCAAGGUUUUAAUAAAAAAACAUGGAGGUUUUGAAGUAUAAUGAUGUGAUUCUCAGACCUUCAGACAUUGAUGUUUUAGAGAACCCUUGCUUCCUGAACGAUCAAAUCAUCGCGUUCUACUUCAGUUACUUGUCUUCUCUGUGCAGUGAAGAUGAUAUUGCCUUUGUCCCACCUGUGGUGUCCUUUUGGUUGGCAAACUGCGACGCCGAAAGUCGCAAAGAUGCUGUGGAACCCCUCAAGUUAGGCAACAAGCGCCUCAUUCUAUUCACCGUCAACAAUAAUGUGGAUUUCGACAAUGGUGAGGGUGGAACACACUGGAGUAUCCUCAUAUUCGACAGAACUAAAAACUCCUUCCUACAUCUGGAUACUCUGAAAGGGGUUAAUCAUGCCCAUGCCUUUAAGCUCUAUGAUUCUGUGAAGCAAUACGUUGGUGUGCCAUCGGCCUCAAAGGAGAGGGUUAAGAAUAAAAACAAGAACAAGAAGAAGAGCAAAGUUGCGUCCGUUGCUGCCGCAGAGGUAACGUUUGAGGAGUGGACUGCUACUCGACAAAUUAAUAACUAUGAUUGUGGAGUCUAUGUGAUGGCAGUGGCCAAGGCUGCUUCUGAUUUUUAUAUUAGUGACAAACCUGUCAAAGAGAGGGAUUGGCUGUCUUUCGUUGCAAAAAAUGUUGAUGAUUCUGUUGAGUUGGGGACCUUUAGACAAGAUAUCAGGCGACUCAUUGAAGAUUUAAGAAACAGCCACUGAUGAUAUGUUUGGCUGCAUGCUAAGGAAUGGGAAAGAAAGUAAGAAACCCUCCCCUACCUUGAGCAGAAUGGGUUCACGUAAUUUCUUGAAUGGUCAAGAAAAUGAUGUGCAUGAUCUGAUGGUUAUAGAGGUACGGUGUUUCACUAGUUCAUCUCUAGAGUGGUAAAAACAUACGGUUAAUUUUACUGUCACUAGCCUUAGGUUUGUGCAUCAAGAGUAGGAUUUCUCUAAAAUUCUCCCUGGCUUUUGUUUGUUAACAAAAUUUCUUGGAACAAUUGUUCAAAUUCAAAUAAGAAUGGUAAACGUCCUACUUUUCGGGGGAAUGUUCAUGCAUCUUGGCUAUCAUCUGUAGUUGGGA